AUGUCCGUUCGUUCAGAGAUGAUCCAGCGAAAAGGCUCCACAUUUAGACCUCAUGAUUCACCCAGUUGGCCAUCUGGUAGAACAGGAAGACGACGCAAAGAGAAGAGAGCAACUGUUGUAGGAGUUCCACAGCACAUUGCAGCAGAACUUGGUCUCCAUUCCACUUCCUUACAUCGUGGGAUCCAUGAAUUGUUUUCCAAAGGACAAAGUCAACCAUGUGAAAAGGCAGCUAGAGCACCAACAGUGAAUGGAGUCCAUCAAGAUAGGGAAGAGUAUGUUGUUAUUCCUACAGUUGACGGUAUGCUUACUGAAGCCCCACCCAAUGGAGCUCACAUUUCAUUGGCUGCUGUAGAGCAAACAGAAGCUGCUUUGCAACGACACAUAGAGAAAGUGUAUCAAGAUGACAGUUGUAUUGGUUGGAAGACUGGUCAGAAGAUAUCCCCACUCCUCAUUCGCCCAAAAUCUGUAGCUGUCCCUGGGAUGACUACACAUUCAUCCCAGAGUGACCCAGUGAGUCCUGUCAUGUCUAUUUCACCUCAA